CUUUAAAUUGCAGCAACACAGUCAAGAAGACUUUGAACGGAUUUCUCACAAGUCCUGAAGUUGAGUGAAGGACCUCUCGGAAACCUCUGUCCAGCUUGGAAACAUGCUGUAGUCGUCGCUUAUACUUCAGAAAUCACUCUUGAAAACGAUGGAGCUGGAGGAGAAAUCGAAAUUUGGUAUGUAAUUUAACUUCGAACCGAGGACGUUUCACUUCAUUGUGUGGGAAAGUUGGCUACUCUAUCGAUUCACAUUAAAACUGCUGGUUUUGUUUUGCGCAAACUCUUCCAAGAGCGCAAAUAAUAGUCUAACUCGCUGCUGUGUUUAUCUUUUAGUCCUUUGUUACCUCUUAAAGUUACCAGGUCCGAGCGAAACACUUUCUCUCACGCACAUUCUUCGCAGCCUCUGUUUACUGGCUACUACUAGUACAGUUCACAAACACAGAUUUAAUGCACAGUGUCAAUGAUAAGUAACAGUCUAUCUUGUUUGCAGUAAACAGGUCAAAUUUAGGUACACACUGCCUCGUACAUUGUCAGGCUGCACAAUGUCCCAGUAUAUCUUUUGCUCGUCCAGUUGCUGCUACAUUCCUCAGAGUGGUAUGGCAGGCAUCGGGAGCUUAGUUUACGCCCAGCUAUGUAUAGAGCUUAUUAAUUGAAAAGACCACAAACACGCAGAGAGGGUCUAUGUUUUACGACUAGAUGCUGUCAGUCUCACUUGGUAGUGACAUUUUUCCUCAUUGCAAACCCAGGCAGACUCGUGAGACCCAUGAUAGUUGUGAAUCUAAUUUCUACAUGUCUAUAGCUAUUAAAAAAGCAUGCCUGUGGUUGUUUAUGUUGUAUUGUCUCUCUGUAAUUAUGUCAAUCUCCCAUAAAUGUUGUGAGUAAGUUGUGACACACCCUGUUGUGCUUUGUUUUGUCCUGCAUGGACUGGAUUUUAUUAGAUAAUUCAAAUAUUUGUUCCAUAGAGUGCUUUAAUCCAUGUAUUUCAUAUGCAAACACUUUUUUAAGAAAGGUAUUUGGCAGCCAACCCUCUGUUUUUUUUUUUUUUUUUGUUUUUAGAGCAUGUUUGGUUUUCGCAGGAUGUUGAUGAAGGAACAGCCCAGCACUUUUCUGAUGUAGCUUCAACAUAAUGCUUUCCUGGUCUUCCCCGCACACACCCUUCUCUUUUCCACUCAGCCUGCCACAUGACGGCUAAUUGCCUUCCAUUACCAUCACCAACCAAAGUCAGUGCAGUACAUUUACUGCCUAAUUGUUGAAUAUUAAAGGAGAAUGCAAAGGAUUCAGACAGCUUGACUCAGGGUCAGCAGACAAAAAAGCUGAAUGUGGUUGUUUAGGACCAAUAAGAGAUGUUGGUUGUGACUUGCAGAGCUGGACUAGUAUUGAAUUUAGUUCAAAUUUAUUUGUGAUGCCAACAUAACACAGAGCCUGUCCAUUUGCUCCUGAUUUCUGGAACCAAAUCUGCAAAAAGAGAUACUGGAAAUUGAUUUUUAAAAAUGGUACACCUUUUUCUAUAUUAUGAAAAUGGAAUGAUAACAUAAACUUCAGGCUUGGCGAUAAAACGGUAAUUAUAUAUAUCGAAAAUUUAUUUCCCUCAAUGUCAAUAUAAAACAUGGUCAAUAUGUUUUUCACUAGCUGGCAUUCUGCCAUGUUUUGUUAGACUAUACAAAUCAUGUGCUGAAUUAGAACCAAGUAGCAAACAACUGCGUAGUAGCAGGCUGCAGCUACACGCAACCAUAGCACUUUGACACGUGAAGCCGACAGCACUGUUGGUGAGAAAGACAGAAAAUGAGUGUUACCCUCGGCAGAAAUGCAGAUAAAGGCUCGAUAGAUGAUGACAUCCUCGACAACACUGGCACAAAAACGUCGGUGGUGUGGAGGUAUUUUGUUUUUUUGAGGUCGGACAUGAAGCAGAGUAAUAUUGUGAUUCAUAUCGAUAUCGACUGAUAUGAAAAAAAUUUAUCGUGAUAAACUUUUUUCCCAUAUCCCCCAGCCCUACCCCCUUUAUAAUCCACUGGUAACCUCUCCAUGGUAUACCCUUCCUCCCACCCCGUGACAGCUGGGGUAGCCUAUUGUGUCCAAGCCUGGCCUGUUUUGAUAGAUUGCAUAUGUCCUCCUCACACCUGUUCAGUUCACCUAAUUAAAAAGGAAUUUCAGCAUCUGUACCAUUUCACCCCUGUAGUAUAUAAGCUGCGGUUUUGCCUGCUUCUGUCUUUCUUUUGCUGCUGCAGCUGUGCUUCUUUUAUUCCUAAACAAACGUAUUUUCACAUAAGGGAAGUUGGCAGACCUCUUUUUGCCACCUGUUGUCGUAGUGAGUUUUAGUACAGGAGCUGUACCCAUAUUGGCUUUUUCUGGUCAUUGUGCACCUGCUUAACUUUUAAAAGUGAACCUCCUUUAUCGAAGUAAGUCAAAUCAGCUGUCCUAAAACUGAAAACUCAGAGUUUUUGUUUGGACCCAGAGUUUGUUCCAGUCCUCUCUGAGACAGGGCCUCGCUCUGACAUCCUUGGCUCCUCUAAAAAUGGAGACUUUUCAGAAUACACUGUAGGAGUCACUACUGUUUCAGAAGUUUGGAGUAAUUUCAGGCCUGGAUAUAUGGGGAAACCUCAAUGACAGGAUUGGAAACAGCCACCCAGCCAUGCCCUGCUGUAGAUUAGGUGUAAUUAUAAGCCAUAUUUAGAAGAUUGUCUCCAAUCCCUCCUCUCUUUUCCCUCAGUUUGUUAAAGUCAGAUUAAGCCACAUUUGCAGAUUUAAUCCACUUUUCCUUUUAAGUUUUCUUCAGCAUUUCAGCAUCUCUGCCAUUACAGGCGCCCCUUUCCUUUUUUAACAUGAUAAAUUAACCCAAACAAGAUCAUGUGACUCUGUUAACUGUCUGCCAACCAGCCUGAAAUACAAAGGCAUGCUCAGAGCUGUGUGAAACUGAUUGGUUAUUAAGGACAGGGAAAGUACGUUUUGGUAGACAGAGGAGAUAAAUGCGGUGUGGUGAGACGCUAAAGGAAGUCAACUUCAGAGAGAGUCAUCUUCUUGGUUAAGGCCUAUGAGUCACUCCUUGUUCUAGACAGUAGCAGUGUUUUCUGAUCUUGGUGGAUCUGACUGACACUCCUUAUCAGUGAAGAAUGUUUUGUUAACAGGAACACCAAACUGAGAUCAUAUGGAGAUCAGAUCAAGAUAACAACCAUAGAUCUACCUCCUGGUCUCCACCUUUGGUCUGCUUCAUGUAAUCUAAAUCGCAUGUGUACGGAUUGGAUCUUGAUUUCACUUUUUGUGUGUGAGCCGGAGAAAUAGCUACAACUUGUGUCACAAUACAGAUAAGACCUUAAUGUUUUUGGAAGUAGACUUACCAUUGUUGUGUGCUCCCUGAUAAAGAACCAUAUCCUGCUAUUGUGUAAAAAAUGGUAUAAAAAUAAAAACCUGUUUUGGAAAAGGGCUUAUUUUCUUAGUGGCAGAGCUUGUUGACAUUAUGAAACGGUUACAUAUAGAUGUCUGAUGUGAGGAUACAUCUUCAUAUGUGAUACAUGCAGCAGGUUUGUGUGUGUUGCAGUGGUUUAGCUUCCUUUUAAAAUAGAUCUGAACUUUCCCUGGAGCACUCCACACCCUCUUACUGUAAUGAAAGACAUGUGGGAGGUGGGCAGGGAGGGCAGCACUCCCUCGUGGAGGUCUGGCUGUCUGUGUUACUUGGAAAUGAGAUCAAAGCAGAUAUUUCCAGGGGGGUUAUAUUCUUCUGUUGACCUUUGUUUACAUUUGACCUUCAUUUUCGCUUCUUUCGGUUCGUAGGAAAUGAGAGUGAAAGACAUACAGUCAUAUCUCACAUGUAAAUGUAAAUAUUUCAGUCAUUAAAGAAAAACCACAGUUUCUAACAUGCUUGUCACAGAGUCUAACAAAUACCCUAAUGGAUUUCCCAGAUUAUUGACAGCAGUUUCCCACCUGCUUUUUACCGACUAAUAGGGAAACAAAAGUAAAACCAUAUCUCUUUUACUGUAAGUAUGACUUAUAUCAUUCUGUUUCUUGCUUACUCGGUGCUAUUUUAGGUUAAUAUGACUGUCUCAAAAUCUACUGCUUUAAUGGACGAUUAAUAAAGAUAUCACUCAUUUGUGCCUUUUUGCAACACAUAGUUGGAGGAGAAGAAGAAGCACAGGUGAAAUCAAGUAGUCAGUGUUUUGGAAAUAAACUUGUCUUCCAAUUGCAAUCAAUAAAGGAUCCUGAGUCAACCAGUUGUCUUUUUCGUAAAUUUAUUGAGCAGAUAUAAUAACAGACUGAACAAACAGUCUGAGAUACCAAAUCUCUCAGUGAGCGCACACAUAUAUCAUGAUGCGAGACAACUUCCCGUUCCCACAUUUGGCAAAUCAGAAGAGGGGAGUGUUAAAUGUCUAGAUGGAGGUGAUGAGAGCAGCAUGCAAACGGGAGACAGAAUGUGCAAACUAACAAGAUGUGCAGCUAAAGGCUAGUCAGGAGAGACAUGUGAAAGGUGUCCGCAGAGGACAGGGAAGUUGACAGGGCAACUGAAGGCAGAGCUAAAGUGAAGUUCAUCACGUAGCACGCUUGCAAAAAGAACAAUUUUCCAUCUCAUCAGCAACAGCAGAAGAAGUAAUACCAGGUCCAUUUAUUUGUAUUGGUACAGUGACUAACAAUCGAAUGGUAGUUUUUUGAUUGAUCAUGUCGAUAAUGAGAGAGAAGGCUGGCCGAUAUUUAAUACAAAUAUAUUUUAUGCAGUUGUAAACACAACAAGUUAAGCAAUCUCUGAACUUACAUGAACAUUUCUCGAACAAAUGUUGGCUCAGUAAAAAAUAACCUCAGGGGAUUUUUGGGUUUUCUGUCCCUCCAUCUGUAAUCAUUAACAUAGAAGAAGUACAAGGACAGUAUUUGGGUUAAAUAACAAACAAACAAACAAAAGUCACAUAUAAUGUCUUUAUUCUAGUACAGCCUUUUAAACAUGCCUAGUGACAUGUUUUUUAUUUUUUAUUUUAAUUAAUUCAUGAAGUAUAGAAACACAUUGGGUUAUGCUAUAGAUGUCAGAAAAUGACAAACACGAAUAUCAAUGUCAACACAAGCCAGCAACUAGUUUAAGGUGCUGUUCUGAGCAUUAUUUGUGGCUAUAGAGUGGCGUUUUGGUUGAGGUUUGUUUAUGGCUCCUCAGACCACUGUGUAUUGCUAUUGUGCGGUUGUUACUAAACUUGGUAUAACUAGAGAAGCAAUGUCAACACAAGCCAGUAACUAGUUUAAGGUGCUGUUCUGAGCAUUAUUUGUGGCUAUAGAGUGGCGUUUUGGUAUAUCUUUGAAAACUGAGUAUGAUGAGAGUCCCAGUAAGAUAAUGAGACAGAGAAAAUCAGGAAUGUAACAGCACAUGUGACCGCCUACGAAGUCAAAGCUGCAACUUUAGGUAGAAAACCGUGACGGAAGAAAAGAGAAACAUGCUGUGGUUUCAGUUUCAUUUUUUAUUUCUGAGUUGGUGAAAACGAUACUCUCCAAAACAUCAUCAAUAAUCAUACAAACCUGCACUGAUUGUUGCUGACAAUUUAUUUAGCCUAUUGAAGCCUCAUAAAUUGACACAUUCUUCAUGUAAUUAUCAUUAAAACACAAAGCACAACAGAAAUGCUGUUUCUUUUGUAAAUUGUCGCCUUUUUGACGGCUAAAAAAAGACAGUUGAGUAUUUGAAUAAAGCUCUUACAUGUGUAGUAAAUGUCUGUUAAUCUUCUAUAAUGAUUUUAGUGAAUGCUCUGGGUUGUGUCGUCACAGAGAGCCGGUCUUGAUUAGGUUAGAUCCUCUUCCAGAGCCUUUAAAACAGUUUCAUAAUGUUCCUAGAGAAUGAAGGACAAACAUAAAUAAAUACUGACUCACAUGGCUCACUCUGUGGUCCCAUGUGUCGGAGUUGCUUUUGGCCGGUCCAAACUGAAGGUUCGGGAUCAACACACAUGACCGUCAAAGAUUCUAUCCAGAACUGAAAAGAAGACUUCAGGCGAUUCCCUCAUAAGUAGUACUGGCAUCUAAAAAAGGUCACUUGAAAAAGAAGGAAAAUUGGCCUCAAAACAAGAACAGAAUGGAUGGAAAGUUUUAGUCAUUUCAGCUCCAGCAAUUUUCUGUUUCAGCCAGCAUCUGUGAAAAACAUUUGUGGUAUGUAGUGCUCCUUCUGUAGACUCUUUGUCAAGGAUGUGAUGGAAACUUGCGCUUCCAUUUUGAUUGCCAGUGGUUGUUGACCACAGAUCUAUGGAUAUUAACUUUUAACUCUGUGAAAGCUUGAAGAAAAGAAGCUGUAAAAAAGAAGGAGAUGAAUUUGAUGUGAGUUUUAGAAACGAAGUUGUGGUGUAGUACUGUUAUGUCUCCACAAGGUGGGAGGAUAAUUACUCUCUUACUUCAUAUAGUGAUUCCAUAAAGCUCCUAGAGAUAAUGUGCUGUUAAAAAAAAAAAUCCAAAGGGUGACGUCCAAACAGUUAUUUAACAUUUCAAAAUGACCAGUUUCACAGCUGACUAUUGUGAAAUUUUGCAUGUGGUAGUGUUUACAGCUCUGCACAUCUGAUUCUAAUUAGUCCUCCUCCACAGUAGGAUUGCAGACAACCACCGGAGGCUACAUUGAAGGCGGUACUUUUCCUGUUUACUCCAAACACAUGUUGUUGAUAACAUCCUCAUGCUUUGACUCGAGUUUUCCGGCUGAUUGUUAAACGCUAGACUCGUCUCUAUCUACUGACGUUUUUUUGGGGGAAUACAAAAUGUGGAAAAACAGCAAGAGAAGGGUCAUUCAGUCGGGGGAGGAGACAGGUAGAGAUGCACAGGUGGGGCAGAGAUUGGAAAGAGGCAGGAGCUUCAGGAUAAACACAGAGGGGACGUCUGGGGUGAGGUGGAGCACAGCUAUUCAGGGACAGGUUGGACUGGUUUCUCUCUGCACAAUACCUGAGUUCCCCAUGCUCGCACUCAUUUGUAUUUAAGGAGGAAGACAGGACUGAAUUACAUGCUGGGAAAAGAGUGCAAAAGCUGAUCAGGACAUUUCAGUUUUGCCUUGUAAAGGAUUAAAACAUGCCAGAGGAUGGGGAGUACUUUGGAAAGCAUGGUAACAACGCCUUUUGCUUAAAUUUUUCAUUGUGUUGUAUCUUUCGCUCUUUCUGGGUCAAACUUAGAAAGGUCAAAAAAAAACUCAGGGAUGACUGGUUUGUCUUUAAACUUAGCCUUUAAAAUUGUCACAGCAAAUCUUUCUCAUCCGGUAUGUAAAUUUGUUUUAAGUGAAACUGGAGCAGUAUCGACGUGUCAACAUUGUGUGGGUAGAAUGGGUGUGUGUGUGUGUGUGUGUGAGGAGAACCUGCUGCUGGCAGCUUUGCUGAUUGUACAGGUGUGUGAGAGCACAGGGCUCUUUUUUCACUGUUUUCCCCAACACAAGUACCAGUGAGCUGUGUGCAGAUAAAGCAGCUGAACACAGAGCCUUAUCUCUGCCUCUCAUGUUAGAGUCUGUGAUAAACUUCAUUUUUAAAGCAGUUAACUCUGUGAAACGUGGAUGCACAUCAGAGCGACAAGACAAACAGAAAGCGCGCUGAUCUUUGUAACAGGAAGCUGUGACUUCUCUGAGCCUGUCUGCUAAAUGCUUCCUACACCGUUAUCAUCUGGACUACAUAAAUAAUUGAUCUGCACAUUUGCCUGCAAGAGAGCAUAAUACCUCUCUGUCUAGGCCGGUGAUGUGAGGCUCCAAAGCUACGUGUGUGUGUGUGCAUUAGGUAAAAAAAAAACCACUUAGGUUUCAAAGCCCUGGUGUCCAUUCAAUGAUUUAACAGUCACUGUGUUCACUCACUGUCAUCAAUCUGCACUUGAAUCAGCCUAUAAUAAGAUAAUUGAUUGUGAGAUUUAGAUGGAGAUAUUUUCUUAUUUGAGUUCUUCAGACAACAGCAAAUAUGAGUAUUUCCUCACAUUUGGUAAGAGGUUAAUGGAGCAUGCUACAAGCUAAUGGUUACCUUGGCUUGUCAACAUUAUGUCUACGGUCACAAAUGGGUCAUCAAUUAUAUUGCUUCCUCUAUCCGUUGUUCUUUCUGUAGGGAAUCAACAUUAAUACCAGACGUUUUCCAAAUAUCUAUGUGUAUAGAAGUUUCCAUAAGCAGAAAACAAAAGUACAAAAGCCUGUCAGAAUUUAAAACUCCCUCCAUAACGUGGCAGCAGGGAGGGAAACAGCCACAGCAUGAGCAUGUUAAGUAGAGCACAAAAUCAGUCAUUUUGUAAUUAGAAAAUACAAAAUGCAAAUUCAAAACAACAUGAAUCCAAUCAACAUGUGUGUUUCAUUGUUCAGCAUGAACUCUUAAGUGAUGUUGAUCACAGAAAGCCUCUAGCUUAAAUUAUUACUGUUUUCCAGUCUGAAAAGAGAAGAAACCAGAGAGAGUCUGUUGAUCUAUUCUGCACAAUGACAUAAAAGUCCUGGGUGCAAGAAUAAAUGUUGUCAGACACGAAUCUCUCUGUUGUCUAGAAAAAGAGCAGGAUGUUAUACAAACAUAAAAUAUCAGUUAUAGUUCUUUUAAAUUUAUUUUAGCUUUUACUCCGUGCAUCUUUAAUUUAAAGUGAACUCUUAAGACAAGCAUAUUAAAAAUACAAAAUCAUGCAGAAUAAAUAAAAUCUCAAAUUCAAUCAUUGAUUCAAGUUUGAAGUUCAAAAUGCAACAGAUUAAUUCAAACCUUAAUCAAAUAGGAGUUAUUAUAAAUCAGUGACUAUGAGGUCUAACCUCUGAUAAGAUGGGUGUCAAAUUUUGCUCUAUGAUGUGAUCAGAGGUGACAUUGCAGAAAAAUAAAGAUGCACUUUUAUUGUGUUUUGGCUUUAAAUUCAAGUUCACACACACACUCCAAAAAAGAUUUUUUUUUUGGGCGGGGGGUACAAUAUGAUAUUGUUGGUAUGAUUCUGUUAAAUGUGAUGCGUGUCUUAUUAUGCUGCCUCUGUGUUUGACAUGGAUUUGCGGCUUUUACUGCUUAGUCACCAGGGAGGAAUUUGUUGUGUUGCUAGGCGUGUCUGCCUGAGGGAAAAGUCAUCUGACAGAGGCGGGAGGGGGAGUGAUGUGUCAUAACCUUAAAAACUCUCAUUUAGAAAGUCACAGUAGCUUUUUUAAUCCUUUUAUAUAAAAAUAAACUCGUCCAUCUUUCACCUAUCUUCACAGUCUUUUCUUUUGGUUUUAUUGUAAUAUCCCUCGCUUUCAUUGGUCCCUGAGUGAAACAUUUGUUUGUCUUUUAUUCAGGCGAACCGAGGAAGUAUGACCCGUCUUUUAAAGGUCCACUCCACAACAGGUGAGAAGGAGUUUUUACUUUGACACUUUUGCGUAUAAGAUGCUGAAGAGAUAUUCUGAAAUCUUUUUCCCACUCUCUGUCUUAGGGGCUGCACAGACAUCGUGUGCUGCAUCCUCUUCAUCCUCGCCAUUUUGGGUUAUAUUGCAGUUGGGAUACUUGGUAAGUGAGCAGCAGCAGCAGUUGGGUUUAUCUAAAAACACGCUCUGAAGCCUCUCUUUAAAAUAAUUUUUUAAAUAUGUUCCCAGCCUGGUCCCAGGGUGACCCCAGGAAGGUGAUCUAUCCCACUGACAGUCGUGGUCAGUUUUGCGGGCACGCCGGCACCCCUCUUGAGUAAGCUGCAAGCCCAGUAUAGAUCAUGGCUGUUUCCCUUUUAUCCCCUUUUAUGUUUAAUAAAAUACUUGUAUCAUAUGAUAGAUAAUGUUUUUUAUUAUUCCUGUGAGUCACUAAGAUGAUCAGAUGUUUAUCUAUGUAACUAUUUAUUUCUGUUUAUACUUUCUCAGGAAAAAGCCACUGCUGUUCUAUUUCAACAUCAUGAAGUGCGCCAGCCCCAUGGUGCUGCUGGAGUUCCAAUGUCCAACGACGCAGGUAUGAAAUCCACUCAUUUACUCUCCUGGAUAUCAACAACAUCCAAACUUGCAACUGAUCUUUGUGAUUCUCAACACAACACAGAAGCACAGCAGAGAACAUGAGUAAAAUCAUGUAUUUGUCCACAACAGCCUACAGAACAGCCAUUUUUAUUUACGGUCAUGUUUGCUGCUGUUUGUGAUGUUACCUGUUGCUAUCACCACCACCUUCUACCUGAGUUUGACUGAAUUUGAUUGCCUUUUUUGACAUUUUGUCGCCUUCCCUCUUGCUGUGCUAAAUCAAACAUUUAUUGAGCUCAUGUAACCUGCACAAAACUGGGAUCUGACCUCUCGCUCUCUCCCUCUUUUUUGGAUAAAUGUAAUUUUAAACUUAUACAAGGUGGAAAACAGAAGGUUUACCUGUAAUUUAGGUGGUUAGAUGAAGAUGAAGUGGUUAGUUUCCCUUCUGCAAUAAGACUUUACAACGAACUGUAAUAAAACUGGACUCAUACCACUUUUUUCUUUUUUUCUUGUACUUAAGUUGUGAAUAUUGUAUAUAAUUUUAUUUUCUUCCCCCUUUUUCCUUUUUUCUAAAUUUUUCUUAAUUAUAACAUUUAUUUAAGCUCUUAAUUUACGAUCGUUAUUUUUAUUUUUAUAACUGCAUUUUUGCACUAUCUUUGUCUGUGAUACUGCUGUGGCAAAAAAAUUUCCCUAUUCCCUAUUCUAUGAUGGAACAUUAAACACUAUUAAACUUUUUUAAGAUUUUGCUUAUUUCAGAGGAGGUGCAGGAUCUGAUUGGUCUCAUUCUGGGAUGUUAUGGAUCCUGUUCUAGAUUUAGGACAUCUCAAUAGCUUCUCAUGUGUCUUAGCAUGUUCUUCUAUGCUUUUUGUGUAACUGUUUCCUGCUGUGGAUGUUUCUCUUCCCAGAUGUGUGUGGAGAAAUGUCCUGAUAAGUUCAUGACUUUAAUAAAAGCCUACACAAACAAAAAGGACUUUGAAUAUUACAAGCAGUUCUGCCAGGAGGGUGUGACUAACUCGAUGGUGAGUUUAAAGCAAACUGUGCUUCAAACAAACACUUCACCUCUGUGGUUCUUCUUUCUGUGCCUGAGUUUGUCUGCUCUUCAAGAUGAUAUAAACUGUGUUUUCAGGGUAUCCCAGAAAUCCUCAGGUUACGUCUCUGUCCCGCCAUGCUGACCCCGAGCCGGCCCUGUAAGUUAGAUUCCUGUCAGCAGGAAAAAAAAUGAUAACAGUUAUCUUCAUGUUUUGUUGAAGUUAUAAACUGUCCUUGUCUUUUCUUUAGUCACUCGUAGAUGUUUCCCUGCGUUGGGACAGAAAGGAAGCGUGAUCACUGUGGGAAAUCACACUCACUUCGAAGAUGGAAACGGAAAUACGCUAAAUGCCAAGGAUCUUGUUGACGGGGUCAAGUGAGUACACCUCAGGAGUGUGUCACAGCUUUAGAGUAGCUGUGGCCUAGCCUGCUGCAUGGUUUUGCAUCCUAUGGUGCUUAAUAAAACGCUUAACUCCCCCUGCAGGAACGCCACUGUGGUCAUUGAAGCCCGUCAGGUGGUCAUGAAGAUUUUCGAGGACUACACACAGUCCUGGUACUGGAUCCUGCUGUAAGUCACUCUCCUCCGUUUGUAAACAUUUAUAAUCUCUGACAGUAAAUUUCAGCACUCAGUCACUCUUUGUGUUUCCCUCUCCUCCUCCUCUUCCUCACGCCUUCAUCACUCUUUAGGGGGCUAGUCAUCGCUAUGGUCACCAGUCUUCUCUUCAUCAUCCUGCUGCGAUUCUUGGCAGGAAUCAUGGUCUGGAUCAUGAUUGUCUUGGUGAUAGCGGUCAUAGGAUACGGUAAGAUGCAAUGCAUGUAAACUUUUGUAACUAUCUUUGUCACCCUCACCUCAAGCCAGAUCAGCACCCAGUAGAUAGAGGGUUUUGGUUGAGAGUAUAAACUUAUUUUGAUUGUAAUUUAAUACAUCUUUUCUUCACUUAUAACUUUUUUUGAUUUUUUUUUUUAGAUCUGUAACUAUAACUUAUAAACUCAGAGUCACUAUUGUUCAGGUAUCUUCCACUGCUACAUGGAGUAUGCGGCUCUAAAAGGAGAGCCGGGUGCUGAUGUGACUCUCCAAGACCUGGGCUUCCAGACAGACUUCGCAGUGUACCUGCAGAUCAGACAGACCUGGCUGGCCUUCAGUUAGUCCAUUUACAUGUUUAUAAGAUUCUGACAUGUUAACAGAAAACUAAUGAGACACUCGAAUCACAUCCCUUUCUCUCCCCUGCAGUGAUUAUUCUGGCCAUAUUGGAGGUCAUCAUCAUCCUGUUGCUUAUCUUCCUAAGGAAGAGGGUACUGAUCGCUAUUGCUCUCAUCAAAGAAGCGAGCAGGUUAGACUUCCUCUACAGCUGUAGGCACCUUUAAAGGGAGACUUGAGAAUUAAUCCAAAGAUAUAAAUAUAUUAUCUAUAACAGAAUCUGUCCUUUUGUAUUUACAGAGCUAUCGGUCAUGUCAUGUCCUCCCUUUUCUACCCACUGUUCACUUUCCUCCUCCUGUCCAUGGUCAUCGCCUACUGGGCAGUUACAGCUGUGUAUCCUUACAACUUCUGGUUGUCAAUGUCAUGAUGUUGUUUUCUAGAGUUAACCAUGUCACUGAUUUAAUCAAUAUUUAUGUCUAAAUAAUGAGUUCAGUGUUUUAUUUUUAGAUAAAACGUUUAGUGACUGAGAAGCAGGUUGUCAACAAAAGGAUGGGCGUCGCCUUGCCAGAUAAUGUGCUGUUUGCUUAUUUGCCCCUUUUGUUUUGCUACAAAAUUGUGAGAAUAGUGGAGAAACAGAUAAUGAAAAUGAUGAAAACCAAAUAAAAAAGAACAAAAGAAUUGAACUGAGUCCAAAAACCUGGACUUCCAGACUUGUAUUACUUACUACAUGUCAGACUUGAACAGUGUUAAGAUCGGACCCCAGACCUCAGUUAUUUUAACGGAUUAACACAAAAUUUCACUCUGUCAUACUCCAAAUAAUUGUUUCAAAUAGAGUAUGUAUGGGACCGCUCCAGGACUUGAUUAAUUCUUAAUUUUGUAAAGUGAGGUCUUGGCAAGGUCACUAUGGUUUCACACACACUGUACAGGACAUUGAAGUCAAAGUUUGGGGAUGAGGGAGUCGCUCCUUUUUUUUGCAGUUUUAAGUCUUGAUGUUUGUUGUCCUUGACGACACUGAUCAGCUUCCUGUCUACCUCAAACGAACCGGUCUACAAAGUUUUCAACGAGACAGACUGUGAACACUCGAGAAAAACGUGUAACCCUGCAGUAAGUUUUCUCAUUGAGUUACCAGUCCAGACAUCUUUGAUCACUGAUGAUAUAGUAUUUGUAAACUGACCUUAUUGUACAUUUACCUGUACUUGUGCACAGAAUUUCUCCACCAGUCCGAUGAAAUACCUGUGCCCAGACUCUGAGUGCCUUUUUGCCUUCUACGGGGGAGAAACGGUUUACCACAAGUACCUAAUCGGCCUGCAGUUCUACAAUGUCUUCCUCUUCUUCUGGUGUGCCAACUUUGUCACCGCUCUGGGACAGAUGACCCUGGCUGGGGCCUUUGCCUCAUAUUACUGGGCUUUCGUAAAGCCUGAUGACAUGCCUGCCUUCCCUGUGUUUUCUGCCCUGGGGAGAUCUCUCAGGUGUGUGCGAAAGUCAAACUCAUAAGCUUGUAUUGACUUAUUUUUAUACCAGUUUUAUCUUUUUUGUAUGUUGUGAUUUGAGUGUUUUAUUAAGUCAUUUUUCUUCUUAUUUUAGGUAUCAUACAGGAACUCUCGCCUUCGGUGCCUUCAUUCUCUCAGUUGUACAGAUCAUCAGGGUUUUGCUCGAGUAUCUGGACCACAAACUGAAAGGUAUGAUACUAUCUUCAGAUAAAGUUAGAAAAGCAAUGAUAGCUACGUUUGAAGGGUAAUUAGCUGGGAUAGACGUUAAUUAAACAGGACAAAUGAUUUAAAGUAAAUUCUAACAACAAUUGUGUUUAUCUCAGGAGCCAAAAACAAGUUUGCCACAUUCCUGAUGUGCUGUUUGAAGUGCUGCUUCUGGUGUCUGGAGAAGUGCAUCAAGUUCCUGAACAGAAACGCCUACAUUAUGGUGCGCACUUUAUUUCUUUAUUUCUGUCCACUCAGCUGAGCUCUAAAUUAUGAAUGUGCUUCGUUGGCAUGUUGAAGUAUUUGUUUGUAAUGAGUGUUUUUGGCCUCUAGGUGGCGAUUUAUGGUAAAAACUUUUGCACCUCUGCCAGAGACGCCUUCUUCCUCCUCAUGAGAAACAUGAUAAGGUGAGUUUGGGGGUGUUUGAGACUUCAAUCAUUAAUAAACAUUUGUGUAAUUAAUAAGAAGGAUCAAUAAAUAACUGUGUUUGAUUCUCAGGGUUGCUGUCUUGGAUAAAGUGACAGAUUUUCUCUUGUUUUUGGGCAAACUGCUCAUCGUGGGACUUGUAGGUGAGUCUGAAUAUUCACCUACUUUUUAUCUUGCUUUUAAUUUUUUGACUGAAUACACUGAUGAUACUGCUGUUACACCGCUUAUACUACACUAUUUCAUAAUUCAACUCUACAUAUUUGUGGUACAAUAUGUGGAUGUUGUCAAAGAUAAGCGUGAUGUUUAAUUGUGGUGCAAUUGGCUCAACAUGCAGCUUUGACAAUGUUCAAAUAUAAGUCAACUUUUUGUUCACUGACUGCAAUAUUUUGUAAAUACAGUGCGUUUCUAUGGUGAUUUUAGCUGCUCUUAUAUACCAUGAUUUGACUUCUAAAGCGUGCCGUCUUUGCUCUCUCUUUCCCAGGAGUCUUUGCCUUUUUCUUCUUCUCCGGCAGAGUGAAGGCCUUUGAGGAUACAGCUCCUCAUCUCCACUACUACUGGGUGCCAAUCCUGGUGAGUCUUUCCUUAAGAGAAAACUGUGCUCUAUCAAAACACGUGUUCGCUGUAUGUGUGCUAUGAAUGAAACAUGUAUGAUGUCGUCCUCGCCAGACUGUGGUGAUUGGCUCGUACCUCAUUGCCCACGGAUUCUUCAGCGUGUAUGCCAUGUGUGUGGACACACUCUUCCUCUGCUUCUGUAAGUAAUUCCUGUACAGCUGUUGUCUUCAUGUUGUAUAUCAUUGAGAGAUCAUUUGUCGUUUGUGUGAUAAGUCCAUCUGACACGUUACGGACUACAUAACGCCGCACCAAAGGAAAAGACUCCAUGAAAAGCUGAAUCAAAAUGUGCCUUUCUUCUUUAAACCUUGCGUUGCUUUGGUGUUGGGCUGUCACUAAUUCUAAAUUGCAUGAGUUAAUGGUAUGCCAAGCUUAAAGAAAUAUCACUACCAUCUCACAUAACAGUCUUUGGCUCACUGAAUGUUGAUGGACUGUUUACUUUCAAAUGCCUGUGGGUGCCUUUUGCUUGCUUGCGGUUUGACCCUCUCUCCUUUUGUCUCUCCCUCCUUUUUUUUCCCCCUCUCCCUUCUCACUUUUCACCAUCUCUUCUUCUUCUUCUUCUUCCUCUUACGGUGGCUUUAACACCUUUUCUACAAACCUUGAUUUCAUUACCAAUCUUCUGUUCUAUCCAUUAACACUUACGAAAAUACACAAAAACAAACAAACACAAUAAGGCGAAGACCUGGAGCGCAAUGAUGGUUCAGCUGAAAGACCUUAUUACAUGUCCUCCACUCUACAUGAGAUUCUUUGGAAGAACGAGGCUGAGGAGCCGACUUCGUCUUCCGCUCAGCAACAGGACAACGAAGACCUCUAGGAGGAGGAGGAGGACACAGCCUUAGAGAAGAGGACUUUUUGGGGAGAUAGUGUCAUCACUUUAUUGUUAAAGACUAUCUGAAGCUAUGGCAUGAAGUAGCUGGUGCUUUGUAUGUAGAGCAGGUCCCCGCAUGCAGAGACAAUGUGGAUCUCUUGUGGUAGAUUUUUCAAAACUUCAGAGAAAACAUAACAAAACAAAAAGAGUCAAAAAUUCAUACUCCAGUGUUAAACAUGUGAUAUUAUAUUAUCCAAUUUGAUAUGAAAGUUAUGAAAGUACUAAUAUGUACCAAAAGAUUUCAUACAAAUACCAAAAAAAUGGCAUGGAGUGUUGGAUUUUUAUAUAAAGACCCAUGAUUUAACUACAGACAUUAGGAAACAAAACCAAAUUUUGCUUUGACUAGAUCCUUUUAAAAGACCUUCCAGCAUUUCAGUUUAGAAAUAAAAAAACAUGUUAAACAGGAAAUACUUGAAAAUAUCAGGAGGAAAAAGAAUAAGUGGCAUAACUGACACGACAUGUUUAUCCCAGGAUUCAGACUUCAUGCUGUUAAUAAAGUGUGCAUUUCUUACUUCGAAAGGUCAACUGAAUGAAGGUGUCAGCAAAAAAUGUAAAAGCUGAAGUCUGUUUUUUUUUACUGCUGUGUUGCCUUAAUGUUGGAAUAAUAAGCUUGUUAGUUAUAACCGGUCACUGUUUCUCAGUAACAGUUUAAUUCAGUUCAGUUUUCUUCUUGUUUUUAUGUUUCUGAAUGUGUUUGACAAGCUGUUUCACCAAGUGUCUUAAAAAACGGUGUAAAUGGCUUUCUUCAAGGUUUUUUAUGAUGUUUUUAAAAUCGAUUUUAAGAAGUUAACUCUGGCACUCAUCAAUAGAAACUUGAAGCUGUUAAUGUGCCUCUUGCAACAAUAUUUGCACCUUUAACUCACUGUUUCAAGUGUCUAUAGCGUUUCAUAGGUUAUGUAAUCAGACCCAAUGACCAUAAGGGCUCCUUCAUCAGUGUGCAACACUCCUGGUGCUACUUCAUUUUUUCUGUUCUGGUCUCAACAGAUAUUUCUAAGAUUAGCUGCAGCUUAUUUUGAUGUUUCUACUUUAAAACCAUGUGGUUCUGCCAUAAAAUAGCAUCAACUGAAGGAUACACUAAUCUAGCUCUUACAGUCGUGUAUUAGGAGGGGGAAAAAAAACUAAAGACCUCAGUUAAACAUCCCUUUAUUGAAUCUCUUUCCAGUGGAGGAUCUUGAGAGAAACGACGGCAGUGCAGAGAGGCCCUACCUUAUGCCUGAGAGCCUCCGCAAAGUCCUGAACAAGAAGAACAAGCCUCCACCUGCUGAGUAAAACUCUUCCUCCCUCUGUGGUACAAGCCUUCAUAAGGCAAGUCAGUGGGUUCAGAUGGACUGUGGUUUGGUUCAGCAGGAACUUGGACUUAGACCUGAAGCAUCCGUUACCAGGAGACCGCAUGUGACAAUCAGUGAUGUCACCCACCGUUGCUAAGGAAUCGGACAACUGAGUUAUCCACUAUGUCUGCCAUUCAGAUGUUUGAAGGGCUACAGUUGAACUAUUUUUGGACUUUAAACACAUUUUAAGUAUGUUGUCCAUGUUUUAUGGAAGAUGCGGUCAGAGUCGUUUCCUUUCUAAUAUUUAAGAGUUCAAAUCUGAUCGAUUUAAGAUCAGGUAUAACUUUAGUUCUUUUAUCCCUACCAUAGUGUCUUUUUAAUAAUCUUAUAUUUUACAUAAAUAAAUAUCAAACCCUGUGUUACCAAAGGCAUUUGUUUUCUACUUGUAUACAGUGAGGUUUUGUUUUUACUUCUUGUGUGCUGUUGUGUUUCGUGCUUUAACUUUAUACCCAUGCAGACAGACAUAGGCGAGCUCUUAACAGGUGGACAGCAUAUUGUUUCAUCUUUUAUGCUUUUGAGUUGAUGUAAGGAAGUUUUUGAAAUAAAAAGUAGUUUUGUAAA